AUGAAAGGAGAGGUGAUCGGUAUCAAAGUCUCCCGCAACAGCCCGGCUAUCAACCACCUCUUAUUCGCGGAUGAUACCAUGUUCUUUAGUAGAACAGACCAAAGGAGCUGCAAGUCGCUUAUGUCGAUUCUUAAGCGGUACGAGGAUGCAUCAGGCCAGAGCAUUAAUUUUGAUAAAUCAUCCAUCACAUUCGGAGCCAAGACACCAGGAGAAGUUAAGCGGCGUAUCCGAGAGCAGUUCCAAAUCACAAAUGAAGGAGGUAUUGGCAAGUAUCUCGGAUUACCGGAACACUUUGGAAGGAGAAAGCGCGAUAUUUUUGCUGUCCUGGUGGAUAAGUUAAGGCAAAAGGCACAUAGUUGGACUACUAGAUUUCUCUCCGGUGCCGGGAAAAUGGUCCUUUUGAAGUCAGUUUUAGCGGCGAUGCCUACAUACUCCAUGUCUUGUUUCAAACUGCAUCUCUCCCUUAUCAAGCAACUUCAAUCAGUGCUUACGAGAUUCUGGUGGGAUCUAUCCCCGAAGAUCAAGAAGAUGUGCUGGGUCUCGUGGAGUAAUCUAUCUAAGCCCAAGAAUGCUGGAGGCCUUGGGUUUCGGGAAUUAGCUCAGUUCAAUGAUGCGAUGCUAGCAAAAAUUUCUUGGAGGCUACUCAAGGAUCCUAACUCCUUGCUUGGUAGGAUUCUGUUUGGCAAGUACUGUCUUCAUACUCCCUUCCUCGAAACACCGGUGGCAACAGGCAUAUCACAUGGGUGGCGAGGUAUUUUGGUGGGACGGGAUCUCUUAGCGAAGGGACUGGGUUGGGCUCUGGGUUCUGGACACAAUGUGGACAUCUGGACAGAGCCUUGGUUAUCUACCUCAGACCCAUGUGUCCUAAUGGGACCUCCGACUGAGGGAAACAAAGCGUGGAAAGUCAGUAACCUGAUUAACCCUGCAUCUCACGACUGGGAUGUUAAGCUCAUUAGAGAACAUUUACCUCAGUAUGAGGAGGCCAUCCGAAGACUAAUUCCGAGUGCCUUUCCAUUGGAAGAUGAAAGGGUCUGGCUCCCUAAUGCCUCUGGCGUCUACUCGACGAGAUCUGGGUACGCUAUAGCUAAGCUUUGUAAUGGCGAUGCUUUGGACCGAGUUUUUGAUUGGAAGAAGAACGUGUGGAUGGUGGAUACGUCACCAAAGCUUAAACACUUUCUCUGGAAGACGAACAGCAAAGCCCUUCCGGUAGGAUCGGUACUGGAAAGCAGAGGACUGAGUGUCGCUGCUACUUGCCGUCGCUGUGGAGCGCCAGAGACUGAACUCCACGUUUUAUUCCACUGUCCCUAUGCAAUAAAAGUCUGGGAACUGACUCCGUGUAUCCAUAAACCUCUGAUGAAUAUCGCUUCUAUCGACCAGUUCCUGUUUCACUGUCGCAAGCUGAUCUCUCUUCCUCCAACGGGCUUAGGAUCAACCCCCCUGUAUCCUUGGAUCCUCUGGACCCUAUGGACAAAUAGGAAUAAACUAUGCUUUGAGAAUGUUUAUUUCUCUGAAGAAAGUGCGGUCUUGAAAGCAAUUCAAGAUGCUCGAGCUUGGAAGGCUGCUCAGACUCAUGUCGAAAAGCCUUCUCUACCACAUUCUGUGGUCCCGUCUUUACCUGUACAAUCUGCUAACUCUUACACUUGGUCUUCAUUCUCAGAUGCAGCUUGGGACUCCUCUUCAGGUAAUUGCGGCUUGGGCUGGCAACUCCGAGACUCUACGGAUAGUUGCACAGAACAGGGUUCCUCUCACCGACGUUUCGUUCCCUCGGCUCUUGUGGCGGAGGCGCUGGCGGUUAAGGCUGCUUUGACGGCAGCUACAUCUUCUCAGGUCUGUAGCAUUCGUGUCUACUCAGACUCAAAGUCUCUCAUCAAACUCUUGAACUCUCAGGAUUGUGAUGUUAGCUUGAAAGGUGUGCUUCAUGAUAUCAAUUGUCUGGCACACUCUUUUGAAUCUAUCUCCUUUUGUUUUAUCCCGCGUUUAGCAAACUGUGUUGCUGAUUCCAUUGCGAAAACAGCUUUGUAUGAUCUACAAUCCUCUGUUUGA